GCGGGGGUCGACCGCCUGGACGGCAACAUGUUGAUGAGUGCCGACGUUGCCGAGAGGCUUGGGCUUUACAAAGCCGGCGACCGGUUCUACACUCCCGCGCAGAUCUGGGCGCUUCUGCCCUGGGACUCCACAGCCGUCCCGGAAACGUUCCUGGUCACUUGGGUCAUCUUGGGACGUUGCUUGUUUUUAAGCUUCUUUUCGACAACAGAGUACGGCGAUGAGGAUCAGAGGCAAUCGGACAUGGAUGACCUUCAUAGCGACACCACACCCGAAAAGGAGACAGAGACGUAUGCCAAUUGGGUCAAUGAAGUGAACCUUUCUCUGAACGCGCUGCACAGGCA